AUUGCAGGUAAUGCAACAUUAGUAACAUUAACAAACUCUUUAACCUCCUUCUAAAGUCUUUUCGAAAGGGACUUGCAUAUUCAACCGGACUCGGUGAAACAGGUCUCUUUUAUAUGUGACUAAAAAGAGAACAACAGUUUUCUACAAUAACUGCAUCAACUAUUAAGUUGAAAAUGGAUCUAGAGGAAUGUAAAAUAUCAGUGUGGGUUUGCCGAGAGGAGAAGUUAGUUUCUGGACUGUCCAGGCGCACUACCUGUUCCGACGUGAUUAAAGUGCUUUUGGAGGACCAGAAUCUGCAGCAAGGCGUAUCUGCGGCAAUGUUGUCAGGUUCACCUCAAUCUUACUGCAUAGUGGAGAAGUGGAGAGGUUUUGAGAGGAUUUUGCCGAACAAGACUAAAAUCCUUCGUCUCUGGACCGCAUGGGGAGAAGAGCAGGAGAAUGUGAGGUUUGUGCUGGUGAAAAACGAAGCGUCUCUGCCUAACAACGGACCCAGGAGCGCAGAGGCUCGGGUCGUUCUCAGUAAGCAAAGCCCUUGCAUAUAUAAAGGAACUGCGAGAGUCACAAUGGCUUUUUCCCAAGACAAACAGCGUCGAAUUGUCAGGAAGGCAUUUAGAAAAUUGGAUAAAAUUAACAAGAAAAGGCAAGAGGCACUAUCCAAGGAUACCUCUUCCGUGGAAAAGAUGGAAACCUUAGUGCACCUGGUUUUAUCCCAAGAUCACACCAUUCGUCAGCAAAUCCAGCGGAUAAAAGAACUGGACCGGGAGAUUGACAGGUACGAAGCUAAAGUUCACUUCGACAGAAUGAAAAGGCAUGGAAUCAAUUAUGUGCAGGACACGUACUUAGUCGAUACGAGCUUGGAAGCAGAUUCUAAGGUCGAAUGUAACAAAACACACUCCGAGGCAGCUUUUGCCCAGUUUGAGGAAUAUGCUAGGAAGUGUGAAGAAGUUAUUCAAUUGCAGGAGCAACUUAAAGAGCAGGAGGCACUGAUGGACAGGAUUACUGCCGAGAUCCAAGAGGAGCUAAAUCAGAGGUGGAUGAAAAGACGCCAGGAAGCGCUCACAAACAAGGAGGGAGAAAGCAGUUUAGCAGAGACUGACACCGUCUUCACUGCAGACGCGACAGUAACAGGUUCGGCAGCAGACGACACCUCACCUGAGAAUGAGUUGCUUUUGGAGCAAGAAAGAGUGAAAACUCAGCUAGACACGAGCCUGUAUAUCGGGCUGAGGCUGAACACCGAUUUGGAAGCUAUUAAAAGUGAUUUGGACCUUAGUCAGGAGCGAUGGAAUGCAAAAGAGGAAGAACUGAGGGACCUGGUGGAAAAAGUGGACACCUUGGAUAUAGAGGAGGAGGUCGACACAUCCGAAAGUGCGGGUGAUGGUUUUGAGAGCAGCCCGGUGAUAACCGAGACUGAAAUGUUGCCUCCUUUGGACACACACAGCGGGUGGGUAGAACAGGCAAGGGGUCUCUCCAAGACGUGCGGUACAAACGACGAGGACUCGGACACUGGACUAAGUUCUAUGCACAGUCAGGACUCGGACAUAACACCUGUCUGCGAAUCCUUGGUUUAAAAAAGUCUGAACCGUUACCCAUUUACUCAGGGAAUAGUAUAUUUAAAGAGGAAAAACAAUAUUAACAUACUGGUUCUAAAACACUGCACGCGUAAUUUAUUAACAAGAUGUCACAGAAAGUAUUGAUUUAACCGGUAGAUCGAUACGCACUGUAUUUUAUCACUGAAGUGUGCACCUGUGAACAGUAGUGUUAAGUGUCCUACGCGGUAUGGUAGGUACUGUAUGAAGUGCUGGCCAGUGGGUUACAUAGUGGAGAUUUAUACAUGUGCUCAUUUGAUCUGUACUUCAGAAGUGAGACGAACAGGUGUUAACGAAUAUCUGUAGAAUAAAGAGACUUAACGAGUGCACUGUAUGCGCGCUAAAAAGACAUUGCGACGAUAGUGUUGUCAACACGAUUUCAAAUUGUAGAAAAAAACAUAACCAAGAGUUAGUGUUUUUAACGCAUGCAUCGCCUUUUAAAAUAACCUACGUACAGGAAGAGUGACUAUGUUACAACCAACAAUGCAUGAACUUGACACGAUCAAUCUGUGAAGUUCUGUAGAUAUUAAUACAACUCUAUUUUCUGGCAAGCUAGUAAAGCUUUUUAACCGAUUUGUUAUUCCAUGUAGCUUUAAAAGAAUGGAUUUUAUUUAAUCAUUUUUACAAGGAUUUUGUAACAUCGAAGUUUUUGUGUUUUUCAUUCCAUUUCAUUCUUUUUCACAUUGAUGUUUUAUGCGCCCAGAACGUCAUGCACCGUUGUGUUUGUCUGAUUAGAGUCAUACCUUCAGUCUACUGAUGCAUGAGACUGUUAAAUUAUUUAGAAUUAUGGGGAGGUCUAUGUAAAGCAAUAACUUGUAUCCAGGUUCCUACCCAACCUUUUCUGAAGCACAGACAUUUGAAAUGAAAAAAACCUGCAGAAUUUCCAGAAGAAUUGUGUAUUACAUUUAUGAUACAAGUACUUAUUUAAUGUUUAUAACAUUAAAGCGUUAUACCAACA